AUGAUAAAAGCAGAAAUUCGACAUCAAGAAAACUUUCGAAAACAAAUAGCUGUAUUUGAUGUGCCGGUAGAAGAAAAUUCAUCUGUAACGCCCAGUUUUUCAAAUAAAAUUAUUGACACGUUAGAAACUCAAAUUGGACGUGGUUAUGAAAUUCUUGGGCAUAAGUUAUCUAAUAUGGGUACACAAUUAGAACAGAAUAAAGAUACACUAACAGAAAAAGCAACUUAUUUCUAUAAAAAUUCUUUAGCUAAUAGAACGGGUACUGUUUAUGAAAACUUUCAAUAUGGUUAUGGUAAAAUUGGAGAUGGAUUAAGUUCUAUUCUCAAUUGGUUAGGUGAAAAUGUUAUCAAAAUGGGACAUAUCACUGGUACAAUGAUUCGAACGAGUUUUCAUACUAUUGGUGAUGUUAUUGGAGAUACUGUUGAUAAUACGGAGUAUUUAGUUGGUACUGGAUUAAUCAAAAGUGGAGGAAAAGUUCAUAUGGAUGCAAUUGAUCUUCAACGUACAUCCCAUAAUGAUAGUGAAAAUUUUCGUUAUAAAAUACAACAAACUGCACCGAAAUUCAAACAAUCAUUGAAUCAAUUAAUCGAUAAACUCGCUCAAAGAAUUCAUACGAUUGGUACUGAUACAGAAAUAGCUGGUGAAGUUAUUGAACAUCAUCAUUUUCUCGAUACAAUUAAAAAAGCAUAUUAUAAUUUGAAAUAA